UCGCUCGAGCACUCAGCCGGCAGCCAUGGUCGAGGCUUUCUGCGCCACAUGGAAGCUGGUGGACAGCCACAACUUCGACGAGUAUAUGAAAGCGCUGGGAGUGGGGUUUGCAACACGGCAGGUGGGGAAUGUGACUAAACCCACUGUGAUUAUCAGCAGCGAGGGGGACAAAGUGGUGAUCAGAACUCAAAGCACUUUCAAAAACACAGAAAUCAGCUUUAAACUUGGCGAGGAAUUUGAUGAAACUACCCCUGAUGACAGAAACUGCAAAUCAGUUGUGACCCUGGAUGGAGACAAGCUAGUGCACGUACAGAAAUGGGAUGGCAAAGAGACAAAUUUUGUGAGAGAAAUAAAGGAUGGCAAAAUGGUAAUGACUCUCACCUUUGGUGAUGUGGUUGCUGUUCGCCACUAUGAGAAAGCGUAGAGUUUACCUGCCCUCUGUCCAGACAUUACUUCUGCUGGAUGGAUUAAUGUACUGUCCAUAAAUGAACGUAGCUAGAAUGCACAUUUCUGGCAUGAAAGGUUAAUAAAGAGUUUUGUUGGGUGUUUUUUGUUGUUAAAAACUUUAUGCCAUCAAAUUGGCAAGCUUGUGGUGUAUAGUUAAACAAGUCAAAGUUGGCAUUAAAUUUCUGAAACACUUGCC